UCCCUCUCACCCCGCCCCGUUCAACUCAGUCCACUGCGUUCAUUUCAUUCCUGCUCCCAUUCCGCGCAUAUUUCGCAUCCUUGGAGAGACGCUGCGCAUUUUACGCACUCAGCGCGCCCGAUCCUUCAUCAAACCAAAACCGUGAGGAGACUGGAGUUGGCGGAGUGCUUUCCGAUGCUGUAGCGACUCCGAUCUGUGGAACAGUGUGGGAAUUAAUCCAUUAAGAGGCGUAUGAAUCGAGGGUUCCUGCAGUCUGAAGUUGGAUUUGGACCAGCCUGCUGAGUUGUCUACAGUCUACCAGCAACUUUUAGUAUUAUUAUUCGUAGUUGAAUUAUUGGUAGCAUUUGGGAUUACCGUCAAAGCAGCAGUAUGGAACGCAGUAGCUGGAGCGGCAGUGAGAGCCCAGGCGACGACAUGGAACGACUAAGUGACUCAGGAGGAGAUAAAACCAUGGACGGGGACCCUGAGGGAGUCUGGAGCCCUGACAUUGAGCAGAGCUUCCAGGAGGCCUUGGCCAUCUACCCACCUUGUGGAAGGAGGAAGAUUAUACUGUCAGAUGAAGGAAAGAUGUACGGUCGAAAUGAGCUGAUAGCCAGAUACAUCAAGCUUCGAACAGGCAAGACGCGGACAAGGAAACAGGUAUCCAGUCAUAUCCAGGUUUUAGCCAGAAGAAAAUCCAGGGAGUUUCAAUCAAAACUGAAGGACCAGAAUGCCAAGGAAAAGGCAAUGCAAAGCAUCUCUUCGAUGUCCUCGGCUCAGAUUGUCUCAGCCACCGCCAUACACAGCAAACUCCUGCCUGGAAUAGUACGGGCCAGCUUCCCCAGCAACGCACAGCUGUGGCAGGGGAUGAUUCCUGGAGGACAGUCUACCUCCAACACUGAAGAUAUUAAGCCGUUCUCUCAGCAAGCCUACUCUGUGCAGACAGCAGGGACCCCCACAAUCUCAGGCUAUGAGCCUCCCAAUGCAGCCCAAACACACAGAGAGCCAGCGUGGCAGGGUCGCUCCAUUGGCACCACCAAACUACGACUGGUAGAGUUUGCAUCUUUCCUAGAGACACAGAGGGACCAGGAGGCAUAUAACAAGCACCUGUUUGUGAACAUCAGCCAGAGCAGCCCGAACUACAGCGACCCCCUGCUGGAGUGUGUGGACAUCAGGCAAAUCUACGACAAGUUCCCGGAGAAGAAGGGCGGCCUCAAGGAGUUGUUUGGCAAGGGCCCACAAAACGCUUUCUACCUGAUCAAAUUCUGGGCGGAUCUGAGUUAUAAUGUGCAAGAUGACCCAGCGGCCUUCUACGGCGUCACCAGCCAAUAUGAGAGCUCGGAGAACAUGACCAUCACCUGCUCCACCAAGGUCUGCUCCUUUGGCAAGCAGGUGGUCGAGAAGGUGGAGACGGAGUACGCAAGGUUUGAAAACGGGCGCUUCAUCUACAGAAUCAGUCGCUCUCCGAUGUGUGAAUACAUGAUCAACUUCAUCCACAAGCUCAAACACCUGCCUGAGAAAUACAUGAUGAACAGUGUGCUGGAGAACUUCACUAUUCUGCUGGUUGUGAGCAACAGAGACACUCAGGAGACCUUGCUGUGUAUGGCGUGUGUAUUUGAGGUGUCCAACAGUGAGCACGGAGCUCAGCACCACAUCUAUCGACUCAUCAAGGAAUAACACACACUUAUACACAUGCACACAUAGAGCCUUUUUAUUGGUGAUUAAUGGUGACAUUGGAGGUAAAAUGUCUAAAAACUGAAUCCUACAAAAGUGUCUUUCAGCCAAACAACUCGACUUGAGUAAGGAAAUGGCUGCAUUUGCACUGCUGCUCACAAAACACCACAACAAGAAUUGGGUAAUUAUUAUUUAACAUCGGAUAUGAUGCAGUAUGUUGCAGAAUCCUCAUCAGCAGGAGCAUCCCCACAUAUACAUCUUAACUCCAGCCUGAAUAUCUUGUUGUUGAUUAGCUGUAAAAACCACAGUGAUCCAACACAUCAGAAUCGACCUGGGUGGUUUUUCCAAAAACAUCCCGACUCUGAUAUCACCUGGAGAUGUCAUGUCUCCUGCUAAUUGGUUUAUUCCCCUCUUUCUCCCAGUAAAUUUGUAUUGUGCUGUUCUGUAGAUGGAAAUGAAAGUAGUACUUCUGUCAGGUGCUUUUGGGAAAGUCAACCCAGGGCCGAAAAAACAAAUCUAACAAUUUCCGCCCCCAUGUGACAAACGUGUGUUAUCUGCCAAGAUAAAGGUCAGACCCUGUGUAUCAUUAAUAACCAGAGCAGAAAAUUACACUACUGCAUUAUCAUAUAGUACCGUAUAGAGGUGGUUUUGUACAGAUAGCCACUGCAAAUUGUGAGCUGCAAUCUUGCACAAAAAAGAGGUUUCUUCCCAAAGAAAAUAAAUCAAAGUUUUACCUUUUUGUAUGUACUCUUUAAAGUAUAGAAUAGCUUCGAAACUUUGGGAAAUUGUUUAUUGAUAGUAGCAUAUAGACUAUAUUUUAAUUCCAGGAACACUAUCUAAAAUGUAUGUUAAUAAGAAAGUAUAAUUUAAAUUAAACAAUACAGGUACCUUUUGUGCAACA